GUUUAUGACUCCCUCUGAGGUGGGACAUAUUCUUGAAUGGGACAUAUUCUUGAAUAGUUUGUAUUUCCAUAUCCUUAGGUUGAUAAGGAUAAGGAUAAGGAUUCUUUGGUAAUUUGAUAUUGGCCACUAUGGUAUUCAAUGGAAAGCUGAGUGAAGACUCAUGAAUGCUAGCUUGGAAGUUGUCUUUUUCUUUUGAGUUUCAUUGUUUCGGUGAUGGUAUUUUCCUUUGACAUGUCGAGGAUAGCCUGAGAAUCUUAAUCUUAAAUCUUAUUUUCUACAAUUGGUAUAGAUGAGUUCCUUAGAAUGGAUACGAGUGGCUGUUUUUGAUCUUGACGAAGAAGACACUCCAAGAAAAGAUAGUGAGAAAAAGACUAAAGAAAAGAAGGCCACUGUAAACGAAGAGAGUAAAGGAGGGAAGGAAUCCGGUGUUGCUGCACUUCCCUGCAUUGAUAAGCUCAGAGACGAUCUUUCUUGCACGAUUUGUUUGGAGAUAUGCUUUGAGCCAAGUACCACCCCUUGUGGUCACAGACGGUUCAUUCGUGCAGCUCAAGGAGUUAGUGAGACCCCUUCGUUGCAACUAGAGUGCUUGACAAAGUACAUUGCCGAAUUGUCUUUGUUGGAGUCCAGUAUGCCUUGUUAUGCUCCGUCACUAAUAGCUGCUUCUGCAAUUUUUCUAGCCAAGUUUAUACUCUCCCUCUCAACCAAACCAUGGAAUGCUACAUUGAAGCACUAUACACAAUACCAGCCUUCAAAUUUGUGUAGUUGUGUAAGGGAUCUCCGUCUAUUUUGUUGCAACAAUCCUAACUCCAAUUUGCCUGCAAUUACGGAAAAAUAUAGUCAGCACAAGUACGAAAAUGUGGCCAAGAAGUAUUACCCUCCCUCAAUACCUUCAGAAUAUUUUCAGAAUUGAGGAAAGAUACAGUUGAAUUGUCGGUUCUCAAGAGAGAAGGCCAUUCUUCUCUUAUCAUUGUAUAUGUAGUUACCAUUUUUCCCACCUUGAUUAGAAGAGUUCUUGUUGUAUCUGCUUUUCAUUUGAUGGGGCAUGUUGUUUCUGCUUUCACUUUUUUUUCAAUACAUAUAUGUAGUAUACAUAAAUAUAAAUUUAUUUGUAUUAGAAUCCAUUUUCCAUUUCA